GACUGGGGAGUGCAGGGUGCAGGUGUUAGAUCCGACUUUGGUGUUUGUGCCGAAGGAGCUGGAGCAGAUGGCGAAGGAGCAGGACAAGGAGUCGGAGAAACAAGCUUUGCUGAGGGAGGUGGAGAACCAUAAGAAGCAAAUGCUCAGCAACCAGGCAGCUUGGAGGAAGGCAAACCUGGCCUGCAAAAUCGCCAUUGACAACUCGGAGAAGGAUCAGCUGCUGCAGGGGAGAGACUCUGUCAGACAAAGGAAGACUACAAAGGAGAGCCUGGCAGAGAGUGCAAGUAACAUCACGGAGAGCCUGAUGGGCAUCAGCAGGAUGAUGUCCCAGCAGGUGCAGCAGAGUGAGGAGACCGUGCAGACCUUAGCCAAUUCUUCUCGAACCAUCCUGGAAGCCAAUGAGGAAUUCAAGUCCAUGUCUGGGACAAUCCAGCUGGGGAGGAAGCUGAUAACCAAGUACAACCGCAGGGAGCUGACGGACAAGCUGCUCAUCUUCCUGGCCCUUGCCUUGUUCCUGGCCACAGUGCUCUAUAUCCUGAAAAAAAGGCUCUUCCCAUUCUUGUAGAAUUCCAACACUGAACUGAACUAUUAAAGAAAACCAGUCAGGACGAGAUGGGUGAUACUGGUGGGGCUUUAAAUGAAGUAAUUAAGGGAUGCUGCAGUAGCUGGAAGAGGCUUAGGGCAGGCAGGACUUCGUGGUGUCCCCAUUGAGGUUGUGACCUGCCUCAGAAGAGCUUAUA